AUGGGUCCGUCCAGUCCAGUCCAAAUCUUGCGCUCCGUCUGGUGCGGAAAGGCACGGACGGCCGUUUCUAUCUCUCACCCGCUCACUCGCACAACACACAAACACACUCACACACUCUCUCUAUUUCCCGAGUCCCCUCCUCCCUUAGGGACCUUUCUGCAGGAAAUCACGACCCUGCCGUGCCCUGAGACCUGUACAGAAACGGACGUGGAUGCUGUAGGCCUGUACGGGUCGCGGUACAAUACCUCGCACUCCUACUACCUUCUUACAGCGCUAGCGACCUGGACUUGGACUCUCCGUCUCCUCUCGCUGCGCAGUCGCUGCCCAGCACCAAAGAAGCGCCAGCGACCUGAACCUAAACGGAUUAUUCCCAAACCUCACUCCUUUCUUCCCGCUCCUCCUCUAUUCUUCCAUUCUCCUUCUCUUAUUCCAUCCUCCUCCUCCUUUUCCUCUUCCCUCUUCCUUACCACCUCCUCUCAUCGGUCGCAAUAUUCCGUCCUCUUCAUUCUUCGACCCUACUCUUGUCGCAAGCCAAGCGACCCCGCGGCCCGACCUUCAUCGGCACGCUCGCUCCUGGCCUUUAAGUUCUUGACGCUCCUUAUUCGACUUCCAACCCACGGCGUCGCGUGCGACGACCUUCGUUUUGCGACACCUUGCGAGCGACAUUGUUUGCUGUCCGCGGCCCCUUGCUCUUUUCAACCGACGCUGUUCGUCUUCGCCUCGUUCAAAUCACGAUCCUCGCAGCCCGCAUACCCAGGCUAA